AUGACACCAAGUCCACCAGGAGGUUAUUCGAACACCAGAGUGACUGGUUGUCAGCUUCAGCUGCAGCUGGUCACCAUUGCCACCGUUCUGAUCAUCCUCUUCGGCCAAGUUCCCCCCAACAGUGGACAGUACUCUAAAGAGGCGCCUCUUGCCUGUCGCGCCAAGUACGCCAAGUUCAAUGGCAACCAUACUGCCUGUUUGCGGCCAAAUGGCUGCAAGAUUACCCAUUGGGGCGUCUCCAAGGCGGAACAACGAAAGAUCGUCGAGGUGCACAAUCACUACCGAAAUCUGAUUGCCAGCGGCAAUGAGACGCAGCUGGGCUUCCCCAGCGCCUCGAACAUGCUCAAGAUGGAGUGGGACCCGGAGCUGGCCUACGUGGCGCAGAUGCACGCCAACCAGUGCAAAUUCGAACACGACUGCUACGACUGUCGACGAACGGAUCGCUACGAGUUCGUCGGCCAGAACCUGUACAUCUACCAGACGACGCGCUCCAGUGCGGAGAUCCAGUGGCCGUACGUCAUCAAGGAGUGGUACGACGAGAUACAGAUCGCCCCGCCGGCCGUAGCCCAGAGCUUCGACCUCUUCAACCUCAACAUUGGCCACUUCACGCAGAUCGCCUGGGCGACCACCAACCGCAUCGGCUGCGGCUACGUCACCUACGACACUUCCGGUUCGGGUGAUGAUGAGAGCAAUUCGAUCUUCAAGACGGCGCAGCUGUACACCUGCAACUACGCCCCGGGGGGCAACUUUCUCGGCGAGAAGAUGUACGAGGACGGCAAUGCCGCCAGUCGCUGUCCGGCGCGCUACCGACGCUCCAAACGCUUCACUUCGCUCUGUGAAAUUGCUCGGGCGAAUAGUAAGAAUACCAACAACGGCGGUCAAAGGCCGAACAAAAAGGCAAACAAGAACAAGAACAAGAACAAGAAGAACUCAA